AUUGGAGCCAUUUAUUCAUAAGAACGCAGUCAAUCGUGGUAUUCUAAUGAAGAGCUUGAAACUCGUCCGAGCAGGACCGAAGCCACACCUCUUUUCAACAGACGCCGAUCUAGGAGUACUCGCUGCAAUUCGGUUCUUUUCGACUGAAAACAAGUGACAGCUGUCGAGAUGGCUCUUCAAGGAUCCUCGAACAUCGUCAAGAUCCUAGUGAUCAUCUUCAACUUCAUUUUCUUCCUAUUUGGCUUGAUCCUAUUCGGUGUUGGAAUAUGGGCUUCUACUAAGCUUGGUGCCUAUGUCGAGAUUGCCAGUGUGAACUACGCCACAGGACCGCGAGUAGUGAUCGCAGUUGGAUUCAUCAUCGCGCUCGUCGCGUUCCUCGGCUGCUGUGGCGCGUGGAAAGAGAACAAGUGCAUGCUUAUCUGUUUCUUCGCAUUCUUGCUCUUGCUCCUUAUUUUGGAGAUCGUUGGAGGUGCUCUCGCAUACAACAACAAGGACAAGAUCGAGAACCGACUUGACAAAGAUAUCCUGAAAGCGAUCGAAAAUUACCCAGGCAAAAAUGAAAAGUCGAUUAAUGACAUGCAGACUAAGUUCAAAUGCUGUGGAGCAGAUAACUACACUGAUUGGCAGAGUAACAUUAAAAUGAAAAAUAGCUCCUCAGUGCCAGAUUCUUGCUGUAAGUCAGAAAAGGCUGGGUGUGGCGUCGGUGGAGUAAAGGAUCCAAAAGACAUCUACACCAAGGGAUGCUUCACGAUCAUCAAGGGUGAGAUUGAGAAAAGUCUGAAACCCAUUGGAGGGCUUGCUAUUGCAGUUCUGGUUAUUCAGCUCCUCGGUAUGGUUUUCGCGCUACUCCUGAUUUGUCGCAUCAAGUCUGAAACAAUGGCAUGAAUCUACCGCGUAGAAUCCUGAAUCUCUUUUACUAAACUUAAUAAUGAAAAUUGAUUUAAUAUCGUACAUUAAACUUAGGCUUAGACUGUUUUCUGUGGAAAAACAAUACUUUCAAAUCUCAAUAAACCCCUAACACAUUA